CCCCAUUUCUUCACCGAUUUAGGAUCAAGUAAACCUUCGAGCUCUCGGAUCAAAGGUGGACGUGGGAGGAGAUGUAUAGACCUUCAAAUUAAAUCUGAAAUUGUUCUUUGUAUAGAAUGAAGGUGUCCGCGCCUAGCAACUAAUGCAGAUGAAGCACCUCCAGAAGGACUUCUACCAGAUCCUCUCCACCAACCGCGCCUACCUGGACCCUGAAUCCAUCUUCACCAGCUCCUCCAUCAGAUCCAGCCUCUCCGACUUCAACGCCGCCGCCGACUUCGCUGGAGUUAGAGCUGACGCCAUCGGCGAGGUGGACAGGUUGCCUCGCUCACUAUUUGAGAUCCAUCGCCGAGUGCAUGAUCUCCGGUGACUCAGAUCUACCCGCAGAAGAAGACGAUCCCGCUCAAAUCGUGGACUGGAGCCUGUACGACUAGAGGUGGCAAAUGGAUUGGAUUGGUGGAUCCAUGGAUUAAAUGGAUUGGAUCUAAUGGAUUGGUGAAUUCAUGAAUUGGAUCAAGUGAUUGGUGGAUUAUCAUGAAUCCAAAUGACAUCCUCAACCAAGGACCAAUAUGUAAAAAUGUAAAAAGUUUAGGUACUAAAAUGUCAUAAUGAAAAUUUUUAGGUACC